AUGGCAGAGCAAAAUGACAACACAGGAUAUAAAACAGUGGGAAACAGUGCAGCAGACAAUGAGCUGAACAUAAAGGAAGAUGAUCUGUCUAGCACUGAAGAUCCAGAGUUUGACUUUGAUAAUGAUGAUGAUGAUCAGGACAACGAGGGUGAUGAUUUUAGAGAAAUGAAAAUCAAUAAAGAACACACUGCAAACAUAACUGAUGGCGCAUUCAGAGAAGACGCAGUAUCAGCUGAUGGGCUUAUUGAUGAAGACUUUGAAAAGGAACUUGGAACUGCUCAUGUUGAAGAGGAGGCACAUGAGUUCAGGGAUGCAGAGAGGCUUGGCUUUGUUGAAGUUGCUGGUGAUGAUUUGUAUGGACGUAAAUUGAUUGUUAUCUACGCCUGUAAGCUGCCCUCUAACAAAGUCUUUGAUCAGCAACGACUGUUACAGUACAUAAAACAUACACUGGACAAAUUUGUGGAACAAGACUAUGUUCUGGUGUACUUCCAUCAUGGCCUGAACAGCGGGAAUAAGCCAAAACUAUCCUGGUUAGUGCAGGCUUACAGAGAAUUUGACAGGAAAUACAAGAAAAAUCUAAAAAUGCUUUAUCUUGUUCAUCCGACCAAUUUCAUCAAAGUUGUCUACAGAAUACUGCGUCCUGUUAUAAGUGCAAAAUUUGGGAAGAAGAUUGUGUAUGUAAACUGCUUAGAUGAAUUGAGAGCACAUGUACCUUUUGAUCAACUUUCGGUGCCACAGCUGAUCUACGAUUUUGAUGCUAAGAAGGUGGACAAGAAAGGCAUAGCUCAUUCACAUAAUGGAACCACUCAGCGAGAGUCAAAGAAGACACAGCAGUUUGGUCUGUCUCUGCAAGAGAUCAAGCAGAAGACAGGACAAGUUAUUCCCCUUCCUGUUGCUGAAACUAUUGAAUAUCUUAAAGCUGCUGGAGGUGACGAGGUAGAAGGCUUAUUCAGAAGAUGUGCCAAAUUGUCCACAAUAAAGGAAGUUCAACAGAAGUAUGAUAAUGGUGGAAAAGUGGACUUUUCUGAAUAUAGUGAUCCUCAUUUAGCAGCAGCCAUCUUGAAGAACUUCUUGCGGGAGAUAACAGAACCAUUGAUGACCUAUGACCUCUUUGAAUCAAUCACUCAACUAACUUGUAAGACA